UUUUCGCUUAACAAAAAUAGGUUAGGGAACAAUUCUGUUUAGUGGUGUUCUUCCUCUUUUCUACUUAUAUCGUUCAUAUAUCAAUAUAGAUUUAAACGAAUGUACAUAUUUAAUUACUUUAACGUAUAGAAAUAAAUGAAAUAGUUACUAUUUGUUUCUAAUCUAAUACCGUUAAAAUGUUCGUACUUUUAUAAUGACGAGAAGAUACUGUUCCGAUUGCUCCAUCUGAGACAAAAUUUAGUGUUGCCAUUGUACUAUCUUAUGACCAAACUGCUAAAUAAAUAAUUACUGUUUAAAAAAGAAAAAGAGAAAAGUUAAUCAUAAAUUAUCAGAGAAACAUCUGUAAGUCGCAAAAUAUUGGACGUCGAUCAAUUGAAAGAGAAUAAAGAAAAUAAAUGGAAAAUGCCGCAAAUACCAAAACAUCUAAAGAUCAAAAGAUCACAAAAGAAUGUGCUCGUUAAAAACAGGCAUUUUUUAAAAAACUUUCCAGUUGUCAAAUCUUGUAAGCUACUAUGUAAACAGUUACGAAGCAACAACAAUUCAUUGGCAAAGGCAUUGUCUAAAGAAAAACAGGAAUGCCAGGUGUUAUUUUCUGAAAAUGUUGAUUUAACUGCUAUGGUACAAGAUUUAGGUUUAGCUUGUAAUAAGCGUGAUGCCGUAAUAUCAAAAGUUUUGAAAAAUUCAAAGGAGAUGCUUCAAAUGAUAGUAACCAUGAGUGGUUACUUGACAAACACUAUUUCAUUUUGUCAAGAGUUUGCGAAGUUGACUAACACACAUACGUCUUACAAUUCUGUGGAAAGAAGGGAUUCGGUGAGGAGACUAUCAAUGAAAUCUCCAACUAGGGGAGUAGUGAAGCCAAUGGUGAGCGGUCACACCAUUACAAAACCCACCAUUAAUUUAAGUAGAUUAAACAUGCAAAAUAUUAAUAAUUCAUCACACUUAAGUAUAAUACCGGAAGUAACGACACCUCCCAGAAACGAAGACUCGAACAAUUCAAUUUCAAUAAGACCACGUCGAUAUACUAAUGGUCGCAAGUGUAGAAUGCCCGAGAGACUCAAUAUUACUAGAAAUAGUGACGAGAACGAACGGAGAUUAAACGAAAGAAGUAGAAGACAUUCUGGAAAAUUAUCAGGCGGACUUUCGAAGUCAAGAUCAUCGAUGAACAAUAGCUAUCGAUAUAGCAUUGAAACUUUCGAAAACAUAGGAAGUCCUAGAGUACAGCUGAACGAUGUAUCGAAAUUGUUACAAAAUUCUCAAACCAUCAACAUUCGAAUGUUGGAAGAAAAUCAAAAUAAUGUAGAUACAAACUCGGGAAUUGAUGAUACGAUGAAUUUAGACGUAUCUCAAAGUAACAAUAUUAUAUCUGAAACACCGCCUUCUAGCGACUCCCCAGGCAAGGAUGAUAGAGACGUCAGCAAUCAAAACCAAACGUGUAACAACACGUUGAACGAACAAGGGAGGAAAAGCACGAAAGAAAAUCUUCCAUCAAACUGGGAAGAUCCUCUCGAAGGGCCAAGUUGGUUAUUUAAUAAUUCUCAAGCCGUGCCUUUUACGAGUAAAGAGCAAAAGACUGAUAAUGUAAAUGAUUCGAACAAUAGUGAUAUAAGUAUGACCCUAAAUGGAGUAGAAUCAGAUAAAGAAUCUUCUGACGAUGAAGAUACCAUUAAACGUGUAUUACCACUACCAGCAUCAAUUAACGAAAAUAGCUUAGAUGGUAUCGAAAAACAAAAUGAUGAAAUUGAUGAAAAUGAUGAAAAUACGUCUCCGCAGUCUGAUAACAAUAAUCUACCUAAUAUGAUAGGAGAAAUGGUCGAAGAUAAUGAAAUCGGAAGUGCGACUGGAGUGGACCGAGUAAAUUUUGUUACACAGAGACGAGGCUGUCUCGAGAGUGAAGACGAAGAUGAUUUCACUUUAAUAUUGCCUACUCUAAGACGUCGUAAUAUGCACUUCGAUAUGAACGAUUUGAAACUGCCAGUUUUAGAUCAGUCUGCUUUGAAACCACAGCCCUCGGUUGAACCAGAACCGGAGACAACAGGAAGGAUACCUCUACAAAAGAUCUCACAAAUUAUUCCUAUACCAUCCGUUUCACACAACAGUUUAAACGAAUCGGCAUUUAAUCAAUCCACUGUGAAGCUUCCAACACUCGUGAACAACGAUUACGAGGAUGAAUUGACGCCAACGAAGGAAGAACUGGGUAGAAAGCGAAAGAAACAAAUGAAUACGGAAUCUAAUUAUAGCAAUUGUAUUGAUACAGCGAGCAGAAGUAAGAAUAAAAAUAAACAGAAAAAGAAGAAAAAUAAAAUUGUAAAGGACCCAAGUUCUGCUAAAGUGGUUUUAGAGAAGUUAAACGAAUCCGAUGUCAAAUCGGGGACACCUACUUUGAACAAAUUGUUUUCUGGUGAUUCCAAUCAAUCUUUAAAUUCCACGUCUUUGAGAGCGACUGUCUUGAGCGACUCGGACAGCAAUGAGAGCUCAAGUAGCCUGCAUAUGCCCAGUCGUCCUAAACGAGUAAGAGCACCUAUAACUUUGCACGAACCUAAUUUAAGAAACUUAAAGCACAUUGCUGGAUGCUCCAAUAGCGAAACUACGAAGAAAUGAAUAAUGUUUUACAUAUACAACAUUAGUCGAUACUCGAGGAACGUGCAUAAGCGAUAUUUCAUUAAACAAUCGCCUUCUUGAAACGAUGUAAAUAAAUCUAUCGAUACAUAGACUGAGGUGUUGUUACAGAUACGGCAAGAAAGUAUAUGAUAGAUUAAUUACGCAUAUGUGUAAAACCAGGCACUAUGAACUGUUCGGCUUCCAUGAUUGCGCACAUUUUUUCUAGUUUAUAGUAACUGUUAAUUUGUCAAAUCGUUUGUCCUAUAAAUAAUUAUUUAUAAGACAACUGAUUUGACAUAGUCAUAGCUUCUUCAUUUUGGCUUCCUCUCAUAGUAUUGAUCGUAUGUAGUACAUUUUGUACCCUUAUCUAAUGUUUUAAUGAAUAAAAAUAAAUUGUAUUUGAGAAUUACCAAAAAUA